ACAGGCCAGGUCGUCAACCCAACUGCCAAGGUGUCCAUUGUGCCAGCUGGGCCAUGGAUCCCUCCCGCCUGAAAUCUGACUCCACCCGCCAAGAGUCUGAGCCUGCAGGCCUAGAUUUCGACUCUGCUGGCCAAGAUUAUUUCUCUGCAGCCCAAUAAUUCGACUCUUUCUACCAAGAAUUGGACCUGGACUCUCUUAACGAAGAUCUUCUUUCCCAGUCCAUGCCACAUGCCAGGACAGAGACCUCUGUGGGCACAUAUGAAUCCCACUCGACUUCUGAACUGGAGGAUCUGACAGAGCCCGAGCAAAGAGAGCUCAAAGCCAAACUCACUAAAUUAGAGGCUGAAAUUGUAACCCUACGCCACGUACUAGCAGCCAAAGAGAGACGCUGUGGGGAGCUCAAGAGGAAGUUAGGCCUUAUGGCCUUGGUAGGGCUGAGACAGAAUCUGUCCAAGAGCUGGCUUGAUGUUCAGGUCUCCAACGCCUAUGUGAAACAGAAGACAUCAGCUGCUCUGUCCACUAUGGGCACUCUCAUCUGCAGGAAGCUUGGAGGCGUGAAGAAGUCGGCCGCAUUCAGAUCUUUUGAAGGUCUGAUGGGGACAAUCAAGUCCAAAGUCGCAGGCGGCAAAAGAGCUUGGCCCUGACUGUCUUUCUUCUGCAGAGGGAAAUUCUAAAUGAGAAGGAAGCAGAAUAUAACCCUCUGGAGAGCUCAAAACAGUAGGAACCUGGACUGUGCUUGUUUGAAUUUUCUGAUAUCUGAUUUUCACAGGAAUAUACUUUUUGUUUGUUUUCCUUUUCCAUUUUCAAAAUGCCAAGAUCUGGGAGCCUCUUUCACUCCUCUAGACACACUGCCUGAGAUAGAAGUUUGCGUCUUAUUGGCUGUGGGCAGAGACUAGGACCCUUAUGGGUACAUUUCAGUAACCUCUCACUGCCUAAAAUGGUAGUCCCUCCAGCCUAAGAAGAUGAUUCUGUUUUGUUGACUCUUGAAUGCUCCCCCAACAUUCCUUUGGUUUUCGUAUAAGCAAAACCAAAUACCACUAUAAAUAUAAAAGCAUUUGGUAAACUGUAAAGUUACUCAUGUAUCCCAACCCUCCACAGAUUUCUGAAGAUAAAGUUUUGUUUGGAUUAAAACAAGAUGUUUUACUAUUUUGCAUGUUUUUUAAUUUGUUGUGUUUAUCAACCAAAAUGGCUUUGUAUGCUGGAGAACAAGAGGUGAGCCUGCAGCAUACAGGAAAUGAAAGUAGUCCAACAGGCAAAGGCUUUGACAUAUUUCAGGAAGGCUUGUGUUAGGGACAAUCUCAGAUUAUUAUCAUGGGCCAAACCUGAGAGAUGUUAUAUUUUAUUUAAUAAUUUCUACAACAGUAGUAAGUUUCCCCAGUAAAUUCUCAACUCCGUAAAAGUAGUAAAGUACAUAUUUAUUUUUGUUGAUCAUUGUUUUCCCAUUUCUGGCUUAGGAUUGGUCUUCAAUAAACACAUGUUAAAUCAAGGAAGGAAUUAACAUCAUAUACUUCAGACAUCAAAUAUGGAAUCUAAGAGAUUAUCAACAACAUGAACUUGUUGACAAGUUCCUUCUGCUUUUAAACAAAAAUAUCUUGUUUAUUCAAAGCCAGUCUGAGACCCUACUAUGUAUCAAGAACUGUCCCAGGUUCUGAAAGCAUAGAAGUAAAUUAGACAUCCUACGUGCCCUUGAGAAACACUCAGACUUUCAAAUCAUUGUAAUUCAGUGAGUGCUAAAAUAGAGCUGUGUGCCAGAGAUAAAAGAAGUCCUGAGGAAGGGGUGUUCAACUCUGUCUUGGUAGGUCAGUAAGGACUUUAGAGAGACAGAAAGUCUUAGAGGACUAGAAGUUUGCCAGACAGACAAGAAUAGAACAUUCCAGACAACAUCCAGAGGAACUGAGUCACAAAGGAAUGUAUAAGAAUGGCAUAUGCUAGGAAUUCACAGUAAAUCACUGUGGCUAGAGAGGAAGGGGAAAUGGUGUUACAUGAGUGAGGGACGGGAAAUGGUGUUACGUGAGUAAGAAAAAAUAAGCAGGGGGCAAAAUCAUAAGUAGUCUUACAUACUACCUUAGAUAUUAAUAUUUAAGCCUGUAGGAAAUGGGAGGCAUUGAAGCACUUAAGUAAAAAAGUAACUAUCAAAUUUUUGUUUUAGAUUACUCUGGUCAUCAGAGAACUAGAUUAAGUAUUUAAGAGGUAGAAUCUCUCAGACUUAGGAACCAACUGCAUGAGGCGGGGGUUGGGGGUUAAAUUUGCAAGAUAAUAAGGAUGUAGAAUUGAAAAGGCCUGAUAUUAUUGAAGCUGGAGUUGCACAUUCAUUUUGCUUUGGCUUUUUUGUAUCAGUGGUCAUGGGCACCAAAUAAAAUGCU